AAAUCUGAGGGAAACAACUUGGGACAGUGAGAAGACGGCAGCGAGCACACGGUGAGAGCCAACAGAGUGGCAACAAGAGAGUGAGUACAGACCUGGAAUAUCCAUCAGCAUCAACCAGACAUGAUGUCACUGUGCAGGAAUCUGACAGUGCUUCGCCUUUUUCUGAGUGUCUUGUCUCUCCUCCACCCCCACUUUUUCACUCACGCUACCUCCACCUCUUCUCCUGUCACUCGUCCACGGAUCAUAUUUAUCACUGGCUUGGGCUCAGACCAUGACUAUGAGGAUGACUACACCAGCUUUCCUCCUGAGGUGCUGUCCUCUGUGAAGACUCCCCUUGUGCACCAGGAGCUUUGCAAGUACAACCCCUGCCUGGAAAAUCAGGAGCCGUGUGCCCAUCUUUCAGCACAGACUGGGUGCCUCUGUCCUGGGUUCAGUGAGGCUGAUGAGCCUCCUCACGCACCACGCAUUCAAGCACUGCUGCCAGUCACUGAAGGGGAUGACAGAGGGAAGGUAGAAGUGCAGUGGUGUGCACCGUCUUCUGUGGUGUCUUUGUACAGAGUGGCAGUUGAAGGAAGUGGCGGUGAUGCCCAGGAAUACGGAAGUGCUUUGCGACGAGGUUUGGUUGGAUCUUUGGAAGCUGGGACCAAAGUGUGUGUAGAGGCGCUGAACGAUGCAGGGCACAGCUCCCCCUCAGAGUUCUCCUGUAAACGGUAUGACCCUCCUGAAUCUUCUGACCACAAGCUAUUGAUCUGGGUCAUACUUGGAGGAGUCGCCCUCCUUCUCCUUGUCAUAAGUGUGAUUUUCUGGAAGCUCAAAAUGUGUCAAAGGGGAAAGAGAGACUCCACUGAUGGACUAGGGAACCCCUCUUACAGCACGGAGGGAGCUCUGUGAUCCAGAGCAGCACAAAC